AUGAGGUCGCUGCUCCCACUGCUGGUGGCCGCGCUCGUCGCCGUCGUCGCGUUCCCCGACGGGGCCGACGCGGUCUGGACGCCGAUCGCGAACCCGGGGACCCUGGUGGUCAAGCAGGUGGGCAACUUUGCCGUGAUCGUCUACAGCAACGCCGACGCCCGCAAGCACCUGCCCCUGCAGCUGGUGAACGUGGUGGGAGGCGAGACCCAGCCGGUAGGCAAUGGCAUUACCGACUACCGGCUCGUGCUGAAUGUGAAGAACACAGACACCGGGAGCACAGCGCUGUACCAGUGCGUCGUCCGGGGCAAGCCCGGGUCGCGCUCCACGACAUGGGUGCUGCGCAGCUUCGUGCCAUACACGCAGGCGGCAUAG